AUGCUGUUCCCAAGCGGAGCAUCCCUGCCCAGCCCAGCCCCGGCUGCAGCAAGAACCGUCAGGAAUAGGGGGCAGCGCCCGCCCCAUCGCUGGGUAACACAGCACCCGCGCAGCAUCCGCGCAAGGCGCUGCGCGCUUUUUCCAAGAGAAGCGGGGCGGCGCUGUCAGCCCAGCUCAGUCCCGGCUCCAGCAAGAAGCGCAGGGAGGACAGGGGGAGGAGAGGAGCGCCCACCCCCAGCCCAGCCCGGCUGCAACAAGAAGCGCACGGGGACGGCAGCGCCUACCGCAUCGCCGGGUCGCGCAGCACCCGCGCAAAGGCACGCCAUGGAUACGACCAGCCACAGCGUCCUCCUCCUCCAGCAGCUGAACAUGCAGCGGGAGUUUGGCUUUCUGUGUGACUGCACAGUUGCCAUUGGAGAUGUUUACUUCAAAGCCCACAGAGCGGUGCUCGCUGCGUUUUCAAACUAUUUUAAGAUGAUAUUUAUUCAUCAGACGAGCGAGUGCAUAAAGAUUCAGCCUGCAGACAUCCAGCCUGACAUAUUCAGUUACUUGUUGCAUAUCAUGUACACUGGGAAAGGGCCAAAGCAGACCGUCAGCCAGAGCCGACUGGAGGAGGGCAUCCGCUUUCUCCAUGCAGACCACCUCUCCCACAUCGCAAUCGAGAUGAACCAAAUGUUCUCUCAGGAGCUCAUCCAGUCUUCAAACUUGUAUGGGAUCCAGAUCUCGACUGCACACAAACUGUCAAAGGAAUGCUCGGGAGCAAAGGAGAGUCUGCCUAAAGCGGGCAGUAGGUCCGCUGCCCAGGGUGAUCACCCGCAGCUGCAGCUGUCUCUGGCCAUCGGCCUGGACGACAGCUCCCUUGACCAGCAGAUUGCUUGCCCCGCUGCUCAGCCUCCUGCCCUCACCAAGCCAUCUGAAGAACGCCCGAAGCUCUCAGUCUCCAUAAAGCAGGAGAGGUGUGACUCGGAGCCUGUGGUGUCCCAGAGCUGCACCCCUCCUUCUCCAGAGGUAGCAAGCCCCAUCUUUGCUAAGGCCAGCCUCAGGGUGCACUUGUGUCACUACUGUGGGGAGCGUUUUGAGUCCAGGGAGAGGCUGCGAGAGCACUUGCACACUCACGUCUCGGGCUCGCUGCCGUUCAGCGUGCCAGCCUCCAUCCUGGAGAGCAGCGACCUGGGGGAGGUGCAGCCUCUAGUUGAGGACAGGGAGGCUGGGGAUGACCACCGGCUCGGGGCCUUCCUCCUCAAGGAGGAUGAGCAUCAGCUGGAGCAUCCGAGCUGCAGCGACCUGGAGCCUCUACAGAUCGGCCAGCUCUCCCUCAUCUCCAAGGACCAUGAACCGGUGGAGCUGAACUGUAACUUUUCUUUCUCGAGAAAGAGAAAAAUCAUUUGUACCAUCUGUGGUCGCGCGUUUUUCCGGAAGAGCCAGUUGCUCGAACACAUGUACACACACAGGGGGAAACAACACAAAUACAGCCGCUGCCAGCGGCUGGAAAACCCCGCAACCCCCAGGUUUCAUCCUUAUUGUGACAGUGAGAGUGUGGGGAAAAGCUCCAGUUUAUCCCAAGACCACUUAGGUGAAUGUACACUGGAGUCGGAUCUCAUCCAAGAAAGCGUUGACACGAUCCUGGUAGAGUAAUUCUCCUGGGUGGCCUUUAGGUGCCGAAACUGGUAUUUUGGCAUUUUCCACCUAGUGAGCAGCUGCUCUCUGUAGUUUAUUUUCUUCGACCACCAUUCCCAUUGCCUCUGAGAUAACUGAAGAACUGCAUUCUUUGAUUUGUGUGCUUGCUUUUUUACUUCUCUAACUUUUAUACUCAAGCUAAUUCUUUCCUAAGUCCUUUUUGGAAGCCUCCAUGUAACUCAGUUAUAUUUUUCAUAAAUUUAAAUUUAUUCUUGCUCUACCCUACUAGGCUGAAGACUGUAUUGCUGGGUGUGAGUUUUAGGCAUCAUCUGAUACGUUGUGCGGCACCUAGGACUGUCUGUAUCUGGUAGAAUUACUCUUCUGAAACUAGAUGGGGGAAAAUGUAGAGGGAAUUAUGAAUUGUGUUUCCCAAACAGUUUGUUUUGAUUAAAUAUCUCAAGGAGAUGAAUCCUGAAGUUUGUCUUGUGUAACUGCAGUUAGUAAAUCGCUGCAUAAAUACAUUUGAGAGCCGUAAGGCUGGUGUUUUCCAGGGAACCGGCAGUGUUGAUGUAAGGGUAGCACCUUCCGCUUUGACAAGCCCUGGAGUCUUCAUCAGUACAAUCCUGCUACUGCAUGAGCAGAGAUAAAUUUUGAUGCCCCUCCAGGACCACAUCCCAUCAUUGGACCAUGCAGGGAGGAAUGGAAGCUGCAAAGAAGCGUCCUGUCCUUUAGGAGGGAAGGGACAUCCUAACCUAGAUCUUUACAGGAUUAAGUACUGUACAGAUUUUCUCAGUGGAAAUGAUUUCUGACUCUAUAAGCAGCUUGGAGCAAACACAUGCUUAAAUAUUACAGUCUGUAUAUUU